ACAUUCUCCGUUCCGGAUUCCGUCCUCGCAUCGAGACCAGGAACUCGCAUGGCUGAUUUAGAGGAGGAAUUGAGGGCACUUGUAAAGUUGCCUCACUGUUUUUUGUAUACCACUUAUUAUCUAUGCACAGGGAGUAGGUGGUGCUAGUUCUGCAGGAGGAGUACCCUCAACUCGAGCAGAAGACUAUUCCAAUUUCGGUGGCUUGGAGCAGGCAUGGGCUCUAAAGGCCAUCCAUUACGCCGAGACUCAUUUCAAGCUGCUCCAGAAUGUGGACGCAGCCAGCCUGACUCUAACCAGACAAGAUGAGGACCUGUAUCAGGAAUUCCAAAAGAAAUUUAAGGGGUUGCAGGUCGAUAAGAUCAGUCAAGAUGACUUGAAAUCACCAGAGGCGAAAGAGAGGUGGAGAAGUUUCUGCAAAGACUUUGAAGGAAUUGUCAAAGACUACAACUACGGGACCCUACUGAGAUUGGACUCCUCUCAGGACUACAGCAAAGAGAAUACUAUAUUGGGUGCAGACCCUCAAUUAUUGUAGCAAUUGUUUACCUUUUUUCAUUUUUCAGUUCCUCGAGUACAGUUUCUGGCGGUGGAGAUUUCAAGGAAUAGACUGGGGCUCAAUUCUGUGCACUUUUCCCCACAAAGCUAGCUAGGGCUGUGUAUUUUAGCAGAGGUGUGUUUACUGUGCGCAUGUUGAUGCUUGCCCUCACUAAGUCUGAAUGAGUGAAUGUGUGUGGGUGUCUUGCGUGGGAAUAGCUGUUUCUCGAUCUAAUGCUCUUGGAGUUCAUAACUAGCAAGGCCGGUUCCGUGCAUAUCAAGUUGUUGAAAAUGUCCGUGUGUGCUGGCAAGAGUACUCUCCUUCCUCGACUACUUUGGCUGCUGCUGCUGCUCUGUGCAAAUGUACAAGCCCAUGGAGACAUAGCUGUAACUGCAGAUGAUCUGUUCACCUCUGCUAAAGGAUGGCUGGUUAUAAUUACUGUUCUCGUGGGCUGUGUUGUUGCAGUCCUCCUGUGUAUCCUCACCAUCUGCUGUUGGUACAACCACUGCAAAGUGGCAGAACUGCAGCAUAUGCCUGGCAAGGAACACAAGGAGGGAGGCGUGAAGCUGACAAUGGUUGAGAAAACCGAAGAUGGUGGAGGAGAGGAGGGAAAUGGUGAGGGCGGUGAAUCAAAAGUCACAACAGUUCAGGUGGAACUCGAGGCGGAAAACACGUUAUCGACAUUUGGUCACUCUACUGAUGAGAAGAAAGAGAGUUCCAAAGACCAAGCAAAGGGUGCUAGCAGUGAACAAAGCAAGAAGAACCAAGGGACAGAGGAGUCUGAGAAAGAUGACCAGACUAAGACUGGAGAUGAAAACAAGCAAAAAGUAGAGGCUGCAGAGGGCCAAGGUGGUGCCAGUGUACCGCAGGCAAUACCAGUCCCCCCUCCCCCUCCAAUUAUGCUCGACUUGUCCCCUGCCAUUUUGAAACAAAAAUCGGCUUCAUCUGAACCUGGUACAACUGCUGUCAACACUACUAAAGAGAAACCAGUCAAGGAGAGCAGUGCCCCUUCCAUUAUGCUUGAAUUGUCUCGUGCAAUUUUGAAACCAAGACUUGUCUCAACUGGAGCUAGUGGUGAAGCAGAGAACAAGGCUACUAAAGAGACUCCGACCAGUGAAGCAAAAGCCACCACGGAUGAAAAGUCAGAUAGUCCCGAAGAGAAGAAAUCGGAAGUUGUGCUAUCGCUGGAGCCCACAGAACAAGACGCUGAGAUUCCUCAGGAGAAGGCGUUCAUGAAUUUUGUGGACAUUGACUCGGCACUGGGUCAAGCUCUGAAAGACUUGGGAGACUUUUAGCUUUGACAACACACACACACAUGUAGUCACACAUAGCCAAGAAACAUGAAGUACCUAUAGAUUAUGCACAGCACGUGUAGUGUGUCGAUUUACAAGAGUGUUUGACAUCUAACAAAGAAA